ACGGUCAAAGGAUGGUUUCAAGCAAAACUUCAGCCAUACGCAAAAGAGACUGUCUUCGUUUGGAAUAGUAUACUUCUCUUUGGAGAUUAUUUUCUGUCUUCGCUUCUAUUCUCUUCUAUAAUUGCUUUUUGCGGAUCAGCAGCCUACUUCAAUGCCCCGCCAAUCAGCGUAAUAGCUAUUACGGGGGGUUUUGCGUAUGUAGGAAAAGAGACCAAACUAUUUGGAAUGACAGAUCAGUUUGUUAAACGACGCAUGGAAGUUGCUGCAGCCCAACGUCCUCGCCGAAACUUUGAUCAAAUUUGUGAGAUCCUUGGAUCCUUCAUCACCGAAAUUCGCACAAUCAAUCACUCAAUAACUUUGGUCCGAAAUACUAGACCCGCAUUGUUUGGAAUGAUGGUGUCAGUGUUCUGUCUUCAAGCAGUUGCAUUUGGUGUCGUCUUCUCGUCAUAUAUUCUAGCUCUGUUCAUGACAUUGGGGCUACUUCUUCUUCCCGUGGCAUACGAAUGGGGCUUCCCAAACCAGAUGAACGAAGGCAAUAGAACUUUAGUUGAGAUGUUCAACAAUUACGUUUCGCGCCAAUAUCCCACUGGCAAAACCAAGUGGAUCAAGAUGAUGAAUAAUAACGCAGAUGACACAGAAUGGGAAAAGGAUUUUGCUUCUGUACCGGAAACUGACGGUGAAAUCCCUGUGAUGAUAGUUCCCAAGAAGCGCAGCGAUGAGGUGGAACAAAUAGAGGAUCAGCAGAAAAAAAAUGUAGAUAGCAUAGCAAGCUUGAUUAAGAAGCUAACGGAAGAAGCAAAGUAAAUCAGAUGUGCAAGCUGACUGUUCUUCCCCGCUUGCAAUAUAGGCUAUUCGUAUCCCUUUCGCUAUUACUGUAAUGAUAAUGCACUUUUGAUAAUAGUUAAGCAUCUAAUAAGUAUUAAGCAUUG